CGUGGGUCCAGUGACUCAGCGCUAGAGAUCGUGUUGGAUUGCUUUGUAUCCCACCCACCCCCAAACUGUACCCUGGGCCUGAGUUACCGAAUCAAUAUCCGCCGGAAAAGAUCCGCCACCGCUUUGUCUCUCCUUCUUCAGUCGCCGAUGAUGAUGUCUCCUAUCAAUUGCUGAAGACGCUUCUUUGAAUUUCGAUUUAUCACCAUCUUUUUUAAAUUUUUUCAUCUGAUAUCCGAUUUUUGUCUGGAAUCGUGUUGAUCCUCUUAUCUCCGAUCUCGUCUCCGGCGUCGCCUCCUGCCACAGGGCUGCACUCCAAUGAUGAGAUCAGGACACCACACAAUGGAAGAAUGGGGUACAGAGCAGAUAAGAAGAGUCCCUUCUUUGGUUGAUCUAUGUGUUCAAAAAGCUGUAGACAAUGUUAGGUACCUAGGGGAUGUGGGAGAGACAGACCUACAUCUUCUAGAACGCUUUUUACCACAUUGUACCGUGGAGCAGCUGACACAUAUCGAGGAUUCAACUGAGGAACGGGAUCUUAGCCCAGUUACUGAUAAGCUAUGGAAGAACUUUUACAUGCUACAGUUUGGUUCUAAAAGCACCAAUGUCGUAAUUGAGAGAAUGAAAGAGAAGAAGGUUUCAUUUAAAUGGAGACAAUUGUAUGAGGCAAAGGUAAAGGACGUGGAUGAAGCCCAACAGAAGUCAUUUGAGCGAAUAAAGCAACUAUAUAAAAAAGAAGAUGCUAAGAAGCAAAGUCGACAAGUUCAAAUAUGCACCAAGGUGCCACCCUCCAGCAAUAAAAGGAGUUUUUUCGGAGGCCCUGGUAGUAGCAUUGGCAAUACAAAGAGUGGCUUGAUGAAGAAGGCAAAACUAGAAUUCCUUAACAGCCGAGAGGUUAAAAACCUGUCAGCUAUGAAGAAAACUACUGUGCAGUACAAUCAAAGGGUGUCUCCUAUAAAGAAACCAAAUCAUUUUCCGGGAAAGCCUUCUGCUUCAAGUUCCAAAAUUAGUUCAUCAACAGCAAGAAGAUUCUGAAAGCCUAUUCAAAUUCUGCAUCCAUCAGGUCGUUUUUUUUUUGGUUAAAAAUGUUGAUUCAUUUCUGUAUGUACAUCUAAAUCUGCAAAUGACUUGUUAUAUUAGAUGUAUGCUAUAUAUUGUCAACCAAGUAUGUGUUUUUACCAUCUCCAUCCCAAAAGAGUUCAGGUUUUGACUUCA